CUAAUCUCUGCAGCUCUCGUCAUCUGUUUCCACUGCCACCAGCUGACCAACUAGGGAGAAAAUAUAUAAAAAUAAUAAAAGAAAAUAUGCAAAUAAAUACAAAACCAUGCAAUAAAAAGUAACAGUGAGGAGUUCUAGAAGGAAGAAGAACAUGAAGAAUUGGUAAGCUACUAGGCUACUAGCUAGUGGCAGGCAGAUAUUUUAUAUUGUGAAGUUGAGAGAGGCGAUUAUGGCAACGUGCUAUCCGUCUCCAUCACCAAAACGACAUAGUAUCGCUCCGAUGGCCGACCCCAAUUCCAAUCCGAAACCUAGCUACUCUAACGGCCCUUACAGAGCCCCCAAGUCCAAGCCUACACCGCCUCCCCGCCACGCCACCUUCCGUAUCCUCUGCCACGCGUCACGCAUCGGCGGCAUCAUUGGUAAGUCCGGCAACGUCAUCAAGGCGCUCCAGCAGGCCACCGGCGCCAAGAUCCGGGUCGAAGACGCCCCGCAAGAGUCCCCCGACCGGGUCAUAUUCGUGGUGGCGCCAGUCUCUUCCUCCGCCGGCGGAAAUGGCGGUGACGGCGAUUCUGUAGACGGUUCGGAGGAGGUCUCGCAGGCGCAGGAGGCGCUGGUGAAGGUGUUCGAGAGGAUACUUGACGUCGCAGCCGAGGGUGAUAGCUCGUGUUUGGACGACGAGAGGGUUGUGUCGUGCCGUCUUCUGGCGGAGGCGGCGCAGGUGGGGUCCGUGAUCGGGAAGGGUGGGAAGGUGGUGGAGAAGAUCAGGAGGGACACCGGAUGCAAGAUUAGGGUUUUGAACGACCGUUUGCCGGCGUGCGCUGCGCCCUCCGAUGAGAUUGUUGAGGUAGAAGGCUGUGCCUCAUCCGUAAAGAAGGCCCUUCUCGCAGUCUCUCGUCGGCUUCAAGAUUCUCCCUCAGUCGAUAAAACAAUGAAGACGAUGGGAAGCAGACCUUAUGAAGUAGUUCAGCAUGGAGCUUCCGGAGUUCUGCAUGAGACUUCGACUGAUCUGCGGCAAAGGACAUCGGCAUUAUCGAUUGUCAGGAGGCUCUUGAUGUUUAGAAUUCUUUGUUCGGAUGACAGGGUUGGUGCUGUGAUUGGAAAAGGUGGCAGUAUUGUAAGAGCUCUUCAGAGUGAUACAGGAGCCAAUAUAAAUAUUUUUCCUCCGUUCCCUGAUUGCGAGGAUAGAUUAAUUACUAUUACUGCUAUGGAGAAUCCUGAAACGAGAUAUUCCCCAGCACAGAAGGCUGUUGUGCUUGUUUUCUCCAAGUCGGUAGAAGGCAUUGUUGAGAAAGGGCUAGACUUGGGAUUUAAAAAGGAGUUGUCUGUUACUGCACGUCUUGUAGUCCCAUCAAACCAAGUGGGCUGUUUGAUAGGGAAAGGAGGAGCAAUAGUAUCAGAAAUGCGGAAGGCAACAGGGACUAGCAUAAGAAUAAUUGGUGGCAACCAAGUUCCAAAGUGUGUAUCAGACAACGAUGUUGUUCAGAUAUCAGGAGAGUUUUCAAAUGUUAAGGAUGCAUUACAUAAUGUAACUAGUCGACUGCGGGAUAAUCUUUUUGUUAGUGUGCGAAACAGUGCUGGAGGACGGAAUCUUUCCUCUGUACCAGCUGAGACCAAUCCCUAUGGGAGACCGAGGGAUCAUAUUCCUCUUGGAGGUCCACCAGUUCUUGGUGUUCCUCAUAGUCUAGGUACACAUUCUCUGUCCCAAAGCUUAGAUCAUCUUUCACUGAAUCCAAAUUUAGAUCAUCCUUCACCAGGGUCCUGGCCACAACAGAGAGUGGCUGGAAUAAAUUCUAGAGGCACCAAUGAUGUUGUCAAGGGGUUGACUUCUCGAAAAGGUGGCUUAGAACAUGGCAGUGGGAGUAAAGCCACCAUGGUGACCAAGAGAACUGUGGAAAUUCCGGUACCUGAUGAUGUUUUUGGCUCUGUAUACGGGGAAAAUGGGAGCAAUUUGGAUCAACUGAGACAGAUUUCAGGUGCUAAGGUUACUGUCCAGGAACCGCGUCACAGUACAAGGGACAGGACUGUCGUCAUAUCUGGUACGCUUGACGAAACUCGAGCAGCAGAAAGCCUUCUCCAAGCUUUUAUUCUCAAUGGGUCACCCUCAUGAUGACUAUCUCAUUAAUAUCCCCAUUAAUUUUAAAAUUGAUUUAGUUAUUUUAGCAUUUUUUUUAAAUUAUUUUUUUUACCCCACCUAAAAGAAGCAAUCAGCAAUGUACACUACAUUAGGAAAAUAGGGAGGCCAGGUAUACUACAGUAAACUUUUGCUAAAUUAAUGUCUGAGGCAGUUCACUGAAGGGUAGUGUACUGACUGGAACCUCGUUAACGUUUGGGCUAUAUCUACCUCAGUAGUCAGUAACAAGAAGCCUUCCAUUAAUCAACA